AUGACCCAACAUCCAUCCAUCGACCACUCCCUCUUCCCUCACAUUCUGGAUGCUGUGGUUGCAGCUGCGGUAGCCUCAGACCCAGCGUCAGCUUGGCGGACCUGGCGCGCGACCUCGCGCGCGUGGAGAGACCGCCUUGAUGCCAUCACUUUUGCACAUGUAAUCGUCUCGCCGUCCGACGACGACGACGUGGUGACCAUCGACGCCGUGCCAAACGGCACCCACUCGUCUGGCGUGCGGAUACGCAUUGCCUCGCCCUCCCCGCCCUCCUUGCUCUCGCUGGCGCGCACCGUGGACGUGUGCGGACGGAUCCGGGCAGACCACGCCACCCAUCUGCAACGAGCCUUUCCAUGCCUUGAGACGUUGCGUCUGCGCUCCAUCGCCGGCUCGUACACCGACUUUUGCGCGCUGUCAUCCGCAGCGUCGCGCGUCGUCGUGUUUGGGACGCCCACGCCCGCGCGCCCGCCGUACCCGGCACCCAGCCCGUCAUUGAAGCGCAUCGUCGUCCAUGCCUGCGCGUCGUUCGGCGCAAGUUUUCUCUCGCAGGCUGUACCGCGGUACGGGCGGCGCGAGGUCGUGCUCACGUUUGCUGGAUGGGCCGCGGCGGCGGAUGGGUCUCCCGAAACGUCCUGGGUGCGGGGCACGCGAGGAGCCGACAUUGCACGCACGCUCGCGCGGCUCCUGCACGGCGACGACGCGGGCAAGUGUGUCGUCGUCGACGCCGAGCGCGUGCACAAGGAAUGGCUCGGGUUCGAGAUGAGCAACGACAGCAUGUGCGAUACGCUCGCAAGCCACGUGGAAGCAUACCUCUGGGAGCAGGUGUUGCCAUACGGGACCCCUCAUGGGGAACGGGCCGAGGCGAUCGAGGUGGCGCUGCGUAACCUCCGCUUCUUGUCGGUUGCGGAGUACACGGCGGGCAUGUCUGCGUACGAGCUCGAGGUGGAGACAAUAGAGUAA